AUGCGACGCAGCAGCAGAAAACAAGGGCGAUGGCAAGCUGUUCCGGCCGCGUUCACCGCAUGGCUGCGGCGUUGUCGGUGACGCACAUAUGCAAGCGCCGAUACGUCCGUUACCUGUGGUCGGCAUGCCACCGACUAUAGCACAGUCGCGCAUUCGUGGCUGCUCGGCUCCUGCCUUCUGCGCUCUAAGCAAGAUGGAGGUGGCUCUUUCCUCGAGCAAGUGUCGGUUCGACUGGCUCAUGUGACAGGUUUCGAAGCAGCACAACGCCAAUUUUGACCUUCGCCGCUGAUCGCCUGUCUGUACGGAGAAGAAUGCCCUACGGAUUUGGUGGUGGCGUUAGCAUUGCUGUGGAUGGCCACGCGGACGCACGCAUCAGAUCUAGUAUUUCUCUACCCAACGAUAACGUUCCCAAGAAACAUCACAAUGGGCCUUGGCAGCUUUGUCAACUUCCGUUGUGAGUUGAAUAUAAGUGCUGGCUCGGCCAAUGAAAUGGUGUGGCUUCAUGAGGGAACGCGCAUUAUAGACAAUGGCCGGCGCCACUCAAGCCUCGAAGUGCCUUCCGAAGGCCGCUACAUAAGCCACCUUGAGCUGCGAGAACUCGAGGACAUUGAUGCUGGCCGCUACACAUGCGAUGCCAAAGUCAGACUCGACAACCUCAACCUGGUGCAAGUGGUCCCGGACAGCGUAUAUCUCAGCGUGGCUGACUACAAGAAGGCGCACUGGAGCCAGCCUUGCCUACAGUUGCAGACAAUGAAGACAUGCGUGGACGCGAACACAGCAUGCUUACGUGACCAGCCACCUAGUAGGACCACUCCGACGGGCUGGUCGUGCCAAUGCCUCGACCAAUUUCCCAUUCACAUAUCUGCUCUCGGGAGAUGUGGAAAAGGAUCACACCUCGGUGACAGCUGCGAUGAUGACAGCCAGUGCCGCUGGUUCACGCAAUUUGCGGUUUGUUUGCGUGGCUGGUGCCAAUGCGCGGACGCCUACAUUGUAGCUCUAGGAGGCAGUGAAUGCAUACCAGUGGUCCCUGAGGGCCGAGAUUGCACAAUGGACUGGGAGUGCGAACGCUCUGGCAUGGUAUGCAUCGAACGCAGCUGCCGUCACAAAGUCGAAUUCAAGUCACGCUCAUCUGAACAGAACCUAUGUAACGCGGUCUCCGGAGGCCAGAUAGCAGUGCUGACGCUUCUGUCGAUUAUUGGUGCCUGCCUUCUUUUCUACCUGGUCAUUCUUCUACUCCGCCGUUUCAGAAGCAAGAAAAAAAAGCAUGAGGAGCCCAUUUACAUUGUGCCACUGAAGAGGUGACGUACGGAACGGCCUGUAAACAAGAAAAUCACAAAGUGCAAUAACAUUGUUGGGCAAAUUAUUUACGAAGGAGCGCUGUGCACUGAGGAAUUCUGUGCGUAGGUUUGCUGCAGCGGGCAAUAUACAUUGUAUGUUCCAUGUUACUUUUUCUUGGACCCAAGGCUCGUGGUGUUCGCAAACGUGAAAAGCACACUACAGUGUCAGUUUGUGGUACAGUGUGAAUGUUUUUUGACAUUUCUAUUUUUUCGUUAUCCGUGUAUGGGAUCGUGACGAGAAGAAGAUGUACUCAGCCAUAAAGGACAUUAAAUAUAUGAGUAAAUAAUGUUUUUCAGUUUUGUAAUUAACAAAAUAUGGGUGCUAUCAAAGAUGCCAAUUCAAAGAGCCAAAUGGCGCCUUAGAAUUUACAUCACCUCUAACAGCAUUUUAUGACAGAAGUUCUUCGCAGUGGUGAGUGAAAUGUAGGCGGCUUUUACCCGGUGAUAACACAUUUCUUGCAACAACUUUUACAGAAAGGGUUUUCAAGAAUGUCGCAUGCUAUUUAAAAAUUACAGAAAGGAAGCAUCUGCGUACUACCUGCGGUGUUCCUUUUACUGUGGAAGAAUGCAUCUUCAGAUGUGCACAAACAUUAAAAUGGUAGUAAUUAUUAAAACUUAAACAAUUAGCUUUUUAACCAAUUAGGUUCACUUGGCGAAUUCAGGUCCUUCCUGGAAAUAGUGCACAGUAACUUUGAAACUCUCAAAUAACUGUGGAUGCUAUAAGACACUAUGUGUCCAUCAGCUUUUUACAAGGCUGCAUUACGUUUGCCAGCGCGAGAUCACAAUGUCUCCCUAUCGUAGCAUUUGUACAAAUGUUUAGUAUUUGUUACCUAGUGUGUAAAUAUAAUGAAAGGAAAUAAAACAGAAUGCUCAAGUCGUUUUCAAGUAUUAGUAAA